AUGGCAAUCAAAAAUAUCCAGACGAAGCCUCUCAAAGGCGCACCUCUAUGCAAAAAGCAUUUCAUAGACUAUACGCUCGACAUCAUCAAAUCAAAAUCAGAACCGACUCGCAUUCAGCCAAGACGAGCUGCAAAGGACAAAGUUCUUGAGCAGAAAGCUAACACGAAGAAGAGACGCGCAGAUGAAGAUAUCAGUUCUAGUUCGAAACGGAAGAAGACUAACGACUUAGCAAAAUGGGAAGCAUUUGGCAACUUACUAGAAGAGCGGGUAAUCGAGAUCGCCGAGGAAGCUAGAGAGAAGGGACCUCACAACUGCGCUUUUGGUCCUGCACCAUGGGCAUGCCAUAUGUGCCCAUCAGACUUUGAAAAGCUUGUAAAUGAAAAGGUUUGUAUGGCUAAACCUGUAGCACCAGUUGCUGAUAUGGCUACUGUUGGGGAAAUUUUCGAACUCAACUAUCGAAAGGACUUUGAGAAAGGGGUGAUGACAAAAUUCAAAUGGGAGGGUAUACCAUAUGUCAUAGAUGCUUGUAGGACGCCAAUGCUUAUGGUUCUUUGA